AUGGUUGCAUCCGCCUGCUUUGUGCCUGGAAUCAUACAUCAUGAUUUGGUGGCCAAGAACGCCUUAAUCAAGAAAAGCUUGACUCUGUUGGACAUGCUACCUGAUUAUAGCAGAGCUGUAAAGAGAGCAUUCACAAAAGCAGACUCUCCAGAUUGCUGGGAAAUUAUCAAUGGCAGGAGACAAGUUAUACUUCACAUUGCAUUAGUGGAUAACAGGAAGCCCAUAGUAGAAUAUAUCUUACAAAACAGCAGAGCAAUCAGCACUCUCAUAACACAGAAAGGUGAAGAUGACGACACACCUUUCCAUUUCUUAGCUGCUUCGUGCCUGACUUCGUAA